GCUUCCUCAGUGACACUCUUCAGGCAACCUGAAUCUUUUCUAAGGCAUUUGGUGCGUUCAUUUUCAAUUACUCGGUCAUACGACUAUAACCAGAAAGGAAUUAUGGCUUCUGAAAGACUACGGAAACCUAAAUCUUCACCGAGCACGAUGAGUCAUGGCGACAAGCUACCGCUGGAUUUUGAAAAUCUCUGCAACACUUUAAUAGCGGAGCUAACAUCUACCAUCGCAGUACAGAUGAAAGCAGCUAUUGACUCCGCUCUGGCCCCAGUUGUUGCGUCGUUUGAGAGUUUUAAAUUGGGCAUUGAAUCACAAGGACGGCGUAUCGACGAGCUUGACCAGCACCUGAACGAUUACAGUGACUGCAUUGUAGCACUGGAACCAACGGUGCUAAAGCUAACUUCGGCUAACAAACAACUCACUGAGAAAGUUGAGGAUUUGGAGUCCCGCUCGUGGCGCUGCAAUCUCCGGGUCAUCGGUAUUCUGGGAACGAGAAGAAGGAAGCAAUCCGGCUCAGUGUCGUGUGCCCCUGGUGCCAUCCGCUGUCCCGACACGUAUGUGUGUGUGUCGAGACGCUGGGUGUGUGAUGGAGAGAGAGACUGUCCGGAUGGUAGUGACGAACUCGCAACAGCCGGCUGUGCCCUGAAUCUCACAUGCUCUGAUGAGGCGUUUCGGUGUAGUAAUGGAGACUGCAUCCCGCAGCGUUUUGUGUGUGACUGUGAUGAUGACUGCGGUGACGGAUCUGAUGAGUCGCUCCAGUGCAAAUAUCAUGCCUGUGGGAAGGCGGCGUUUCAGUGCUCAGAGGGACGGUGCUUACCCAGUGUCCAGUGGGAGUGUGACGGUUUCCCAGACUGCCUCGACCAAUCAGACGAGGCACCACUGAACCCGAAGUGUUCGGCUGCAGGCAAGACUCGAACGCCAGCGAGCGUGUUUGAUUGACAGCAUGCCAGGCCUUAUGGGAAAUGUAGUACCGUCUGUUUCUGCAUUCAUCUUCCUUCCGCAGGAAGUCAGGGAGGAAAUGACGAAACACAUCGCAGCGGGUUUAUUUCUGCUUUAACUGUAAACAUUGGAUUUAAUUAAACGUAGAUGAAAUAUACAAAAUCCCUUCUUUAAGUAAUAUUAGAGGUGGAAAACCUCUUUUUUAUUGAACAGAUUAAAAAUUUUAACAUUAAGCCUUUAAAUUGGGCCAUUAAUUGGCCUUAAUUGGGCCAUGAAUCCCCCAAAAACAUAACUUUAUUAGAUAAAAUAACGUCAGUA